GUCAUGACGCACGGCCAUCAGCUGGGCUUUUGACAGCGGGACAAGCGGAGGAGAGAAAAACAGGAGAGAUGCUUUAAAAAGGAAAAAUAUAAAGAUAAAGAAACACACAGCAGUUUGAAAGGAACGAGCUCGUUCGGAGACAUGGACGGUGGACACUGCGGUCACGCCCGGGAGAACCUCGAGCACUUGCUCCAGACUCAGGACUCCUCGGUGGUGAACAGGUUUCAGCAGAAGUUCUGGAAGACCAAACAGACGCUGAUUAAAGUGACGGGGAAGAAAGAGGACGAGCACGUGGUGGCCUCGGACGCCGACCUCGACGCCAAACUGGAGGUUUUCCACUCGGUUCAGAGGACAUGCAUGGAGCUCCUCAAAGUCAUCGAGCAGUACCAGAGGAGGAUCUGCCUUCUGUCUCAGGAGGAAAACGAGUUGGGACGUUUCCUGCGCUCUCAGGGAACCCAGGACAAAAGCCGAGCUGGGAAGAUCAUGCAGGCGACGGGGAAAGCCCUCUGCUUCUCCUCUCAGCAAAGGCUGGCGUUGCGCGUCCCGCUCUGCCGCCUGUACCAGGAAGUGGAGACGUUCCGCUACAGGGCCAUCUCAGACACGUGGCUCACCGUGAACAGGAUGGAGCAGGCGAGGACCGAGUACCGUGGAGCUCUGCUAUGGAUGAAGGACGUCUCUCAGGAGCUGGACCCCGACACGCACAAGCAGAUGGAGAAGUUCCGCAAAGUGCAGGCUCAGGUGCGUGUCAGUAAGACCGGCUUCGACAAGCUGAAGACCGACGUUUGUCAGAAGGUGGAUUUGCUGGGAGCCAGUCGCUGUAACCUGCUGUCUCACGUCCUCACUAACUACCAGACCACCCUGUUGCAUUUCUGGGAGAAAACGUCUCACACCAUGGCCGCCAUUCACGAGAGCUUCAAAGGCUGCCGGGCGAACGAGCUCUCGGCGCAAAAGGAAAACGAAGGAUCCAAUAAGGGAGCGAAGAAACGGACAAAGCAAAAAAUCGAGAAGAAAACGGGGGGCGAGGGGUCGCGUCCCACCAUCGAAAACACGCUGAUUCAGGUCGAGGACGAGGAUCCGAAUCGGGGCGCGAACAGGACAGGAGGUGGCGUCGGAGCUCAGGAGGUGGACGGGGAGACGGCGCUCACGGAGUUCCUCGGCUCGGCGGAGGACACUGAUUUCUCGCGAGAGUGGAUGGACGUGUUUGGGGACGACGAGAGCGCGGCUGAAGGCUCGUCUGAGGUCGCGAAGGCUCGGCCCGAUGAGGAGGAGACGUCGUUCUUUCUUCCGUCACAACUCCUGGACCGGAACCUCCACGACCUGCAGUCGGAACGGACCACAGGCAAUUCACAAAUCUCCUUAGGGACGAGCGAUCAAACAGCUGGCGACGAGCAGAUCGCAUCCAAACCGACGGCGAGAGAUCGCUCCACGUGGUUCGAGCUGCUGGCCGAGCUGGAUCCUCUCUCCAACCCGGAUGCGGUCGGCAGAACGGACAAGGAGCAGGAGCUCUUUACCGCGUGAGAGCCGAGUCUUUCCGAAAAAUCCAGUCCUCUAUUGGGGGGAGGACACUAGGUUAAGCGCCAUACACUCCCAACGAGGAUGGACACGUACCCACUCACCGCAUGCUUCGAACGUCAGAUCAAUAACGGAAAACAACCCUAAAACAGUGCGCGUGAACCUGCUGGAGUUUUGAUUUUGUACCUUUUUCCUUAUUUAAACACUAAAGGAGGCUUUUAAAAAAUCAGACUUGUCAGCGGUUUUGCGCAAAAGGUUUGAUUGCGUUUGGCUUCGAGUGCGACACCUAUAAGAGGUUUUCUGGAAUCCUAGAAGCACUGCAGGGUCGCAGUUAUAUUUUAUUACUAUAUAUAUAUAUAUAUAUAUAUAUAUAUAUAGUUGUAUAUAAAUCCCAUCCGAGACCGAAUCUAACGCUGAACUCCAAGUCGAACGUGUCGUCCUACACCACGAAACAAAAGUCGCCAAACAUCCGUCUAUUAUUUGUUAUUUCCGAAUAUUUCGUGAAGUAUUUUGCACGUUUAACGAAGGCACGUUUGUAUAACUGCGAAGCAUUACAGUUUGUUUCCACGUCAACGCCGCAAGUUGCUUUUAAGUCGUAAAAACGGAUGGGCUUCUUGCGCUCAUGUACCGUAAUUAACAGAACUUUAUUGAGAGCAUGAAUGUGGUGUAUGAAAUAAAAGCUUGUUUCAAACUGAAACCUCUGUCUUGAACUCUUACAUGUGCAACAGUCAGAUCGAGCGAGAUCGACCGCACUGCAUUCAGUCCUCAUGUUCUACUAGAUUUUGUGGCGAUUCAUUCAUCCACAAGGGUGUUAGUAAAAUCAGGUACUGAUGUAGGUGAGGUGAGGAGGCCUGGGGUGCAGUCAACGUUCAUCCCAGCGUUGAUUAGGGUUGGAGUUUGAUAGCAGGAGAUCGUCCACCCCAGAUCCAUGACAUCAGCAAAAUAAUAAUCAAACGACAUGAAGAUAACGUUAACGGUUUACUCUGGACUUUUUCCAAAGCACUAGCAGAAAGUGAGGGAACUUUUACGGCGAUAACGUUUACGGCAUACGCCCUCAUCCGGAGAGUCGCAAUCAUCUCAUUUAUACAACUGAGCAAUCGAGGGUUCACGGCCUCGCUUAAGGCCGCUACGGCGACAGCUCGGUGGUGCCGGGGAUUCAAACUUAUUGAUUUAAAAUUAUUGAUUUACUACUAUUUGUAACAGGAAGUAACGAACAGUGAAUUAUGUAUAGUUCCCACAUUGUUGAGGUGCUCAAAUGUUCCCGGGGAAACUGUUGAUAGCAUCAACAUCGGUAACUUCACAGAUCUUUAAUCUGUUCAUGUAGCACAACGAUUUAUUUUUCAAUCAGGACUGGACAGGGACACAAAAUCGGCCCAUUGCAGACGAUCACAAACACUACCAUCUUUGCACGCCCUCGAACAUAUACUCAUUCCAUAAAAGCACUAAAGCCAUAUAAUAAUAGGUAGGAAAGAGUGCGAGUUGACAUUAAAUAUUUUUACAAAAAAAAAAAGUAAUUUAUUAAUACAAUGAAACUAGAAUCCACACUGAUAAAUCCUAAAGCUAGUUCUGACAUCCAUCUAGUAUGUGCCUGUGUGUUUGAGAGAGAAAGAGAAGAGAAUGAUCAAUUGUGGGUCAGAUCACCAUUUUCCAUUGUUUAGUGUUAAAUAAACUGUAAACUCACUUAGUCAAAUGCGUGCGGUCACCCAUUUACCUGAUUUUCUCUCGAAGUUUGAUAUACUGUGUGUUCAGGCAAUUUUUUAAUGAGCACAUCUUUUUUUUAAUGGAAGGUUGUGAAUGAUGUGUAUGGUGUGUGUUGCCAUCCUAAGUAUAGUCUUGAAUGUGUUAUGAAAUGUGACUGACUUUGUUGAUGUCCUGUAGCCCAAUUGAUGGUGACUUUGAAA